AUGGUGGAGAUUUUUGCUGCCUUAGACUAUGCCGAGGAUAGCCAAGUGAAUUUUGCCAUUUUUCAGUUUGAGGGAGCAGCCCGCUCGUGGUGGAACGUUGUUAGGGCAAAGUGGGAAAGGGAACAAACUCCUUGGACUUGGGCAAAGUUUGAGAGGGAGUUCAAUGCUAAAUUUCUUCUGCCUAAGAUACAAGAAAAGAGGGAGGAUGACUUUAUUAAGUUGAAACAAGGGUUACUAAGUGUGGCCGAGUACGAGAAGCGGUUCACUAAACUUUCCAAAUUUGUUCCUGAGCUAGUGAUCACGGAGCACAAAAGGAUAAAGAGGUUUAUUCAAGAGUUAAAUGUAAAAAUUCAAGAAUUUCUAGCAGCCGCCCAGAUCACAAUUUUUACGGACGCCUUGGAUAAGGUACAGAGGGUAGAAAACGCUAAAUCUCAAUUUAAAACUUUUCAUGCUAGAAAGAGGAGUAAACCAAGCUACACCCUGGAACGUCUGAGAAGUCUACCCAACCUCUUAAAAUGGGAAGAGGGGCUAGAGGAGUGA